AUGUUUGAUCCGGCUGUGAGCAGUGGCAUUCCAACCCAACAUUUACAUGAAGCAGUUUCUAACACUGAGAACACACCUUCCUCUACUCAGCCUCACGUGUGUAUUGGUGAACCAAAGGAGGGUGCAUAUGAUUUUGGAAAUAAUACAUUGAAGGAUCAAGGCGAGCUGACAUUUGAAAGUGAAUCGGUUAGCAUCUCAAGAGCCUAUUCUCAGGGAAUAUUGGAUAAUUUCAUGCAAGCAUUGCGGUUUUCAGGUGUGGAUUUAUCCGAGGCCAACGUUGCAGUACAAAUUGAUGUAGGGAGACGAUCAAUUGCCUCCACGUCUAGCACAAAGUGGCCAAUGUUGUUUGUUCAGGAUCAUGGGAGCCAAUUUGUGAACACCCAAUCAAUGCCAUGCUCAGCAGUCGACUACUACAGUGAGGAUUCUGAACAAGCUCUUAAGAGGCUCAGAACAGAAGAGAGUUAG